AUGUCCAACAGAGAGACACAGAAAUUUUCCCUGUUCCGCUCCAAUAUCGCAAACAGAAGAUUCGAUGGCGGAACUCUCCGAAUCCUCGAAUCGCUUUUGGUUUCAAAAGAUGUGAAAUCGUUGAUGGAACUCCAUUCAAGCUUGAGAGAGUUCCUGAGACACGAAUUGCUCCGUGUGUUUCACGAUAUAUCAGAGAGAUCUGUUGAUCACAAGCUUUCGAUUCUCGAAUUCUUCGUUCAUGCUUUUGCUCUCAUCGGUGACGUUGAGAGUUGCUUGGCUUUGAGAUAUGAGGCCCUGGUGUUGAGGGAACUUAAGGCUACUAGUGACAGACGGCUACAAGUUUCAUACAGAGAAUGGCUUACCUUUGCUGAGCAUUUGCUUGACAAUGAGUUUUAUGCUAUUGCUAGAAAGGCAUGUGAAAAAGCACUGUUGUUAGUUCAAAGGAAUGAUACAGUCAAUCCUGAAACAGAUGAAUUCUUCGACAAUGUGCUUGUUAUUGAACAAAUUAAGAGACUCAAAGAUGUUGCGGUGGGUUCAGCUUCCUCACGAUCAGUUCAGGCACAGGCAGCUGAAUACUUGAAAAAGAAAACUGUUGGGCAGAGUUCAGAACAGCAUUUGGACUGUAAGAACAUACGAUGUUUAGGAAGCAUGUUGUUUAGGAAUGGAAUUAAGAAGCAUAACUUACGAAAAUUUAAUGAAAGCUUAAGCAUGCAGCAGAUUUCCUGCAGGCAACAAAGCACACAAGAUUGAGUGUUUUACGGUGCUGGUAUGGAAGGUCCUGAUUUCAUGCAACAAAUGUCUUGGAUAGUUCCACGAAGAAGAUUUUGGUGGUCGUCACUCUAAUGGUAAUCAUACAUACUUUAAAUGUAGUAAAUUUCAAUUCAAGUUCAAAUCUCUUUAAGUACAUUUCUACUUGUUGCGUAGUGUACUCACAAAACACUGAUUGUACAUAAAUGAAUCCCUUAUUAAUACCCAGUGAUAUAAUCUACCAUUGAGGUAAAUAAAAAUACA